UCUGGCUAUAUUUCUUUUUUAACUGCGAAUUAUUUAUUUUUUCGCAAAUUGUAUGUUUAUUUGAAAAUUAUAUCUAUCGGAACCAGUUAUUAUAGGAAAACAUUCUGAGCAUUUUAUGUCUUUUUCUGUUUUGGCUAGUUGAAAUGUUGCUGUUUUGGUCGCUCAGGGGAACCGAGCACAGUUCAUGUCGCUAGCUUAGCUAUCCCAGCCUGCUAGCGAGUGAUUUGCCAGCAUGCUAAUGGGGACAGUUUAACCGCAGCACACUGCAGUGAGGCUCUCCUGUCGGCGUCCGUAGAGCUUCCAGCCGAGCUGAAAGUCCACCGAGCCAUGCGACAGUGGUCAGUCCCCACUGCGACCCCCCGCGCUGAGCCACUCCCGGGGUGCCUGUCUGUGUCACCCCCUCCAUCAGAGCCCAGGAUGGAGGGAUGCGAGGUGGAGCCACGCUACACCAUCGAGCAGAUCGACCUCCUGCAGCGCCUGCGCCUCUCCGGCAUGACCAAGCCUCAGAUCAUCCACGCCUUGGAGUCUCUGGAGAGGCUGGACCCGGAGCACCGCCAGCCGCUCUGCGACUCUCACCCGGCUCCGCCCAACAGCGGCGCCUCGUCCUCCUCCUCUUCCUCCUCUCUCUCCCUGGCCUCCGCCACCACCCAGACCUCGGGCCUGGACGGCGCGGCUCUGUCCCCCAGCAACAGCUACGAGGCCUCGCCGCCGCCCUUGUACCCCCCCAGCGUGGUGGUGCAGCGGGCGUUCAGCUACGACAUGAUGGGGGAGGAGGAGUGGGACCUGGAGGAGAAGGUGGAGGAGUACAUGAGGAGAGACAGCAACCUGGUGAAAGAGGAGAUCAAAACGUUCCUGAACAACCGGAGGAUCUCCCAGGCAAUCGUAGGCCAAGUUACAGGAAUCAGCCAGAGCUACAUCUCCCAGUGGCUCCUUCAGCAAGGCCUGGAGAUGAGCGACUCCAAGCGCAGAGCCUUCUACCGCUGGUACCUGCUGGAGAGGAACAACCCAGGCCUGAGGUGGAGUGAAAGCCAGCACAGCGUGAGUCCCAGGGCCAGGGGAGGUGUCAGAGAUGGAACGGUAGCAGGGGCGAGCGGCAGCCUCCCCAACCCCAACACCAGCCUGCUGCCCAACCACAACCCAUCGUGGAGCAGGCAGAGAGAGCUGCUGAUGCACCUGCUGCCGUGGUACACAGCCGCCGCAGCGGCUGCCCAGAGCCAGCCAGGCGCGACCUUGUCCAUGCGCUCCUUGGUGAAGGAGGAACCCGACUGGAGAGCAGGGAUCAUAGGCAGCGACAGAGUGGGGAUAGUGGGCGCUCCUCUGAGGCUGCGCAGAGGAAGCAGGUUCACCUGGAGGAAGGAGUGCCAGUCCAUCAUGGAGAGCUUCUUCAUGGAGAAUCAGUACCCAGAUGAGGCGAAGCGGGAGGAGAUCGCCAGCGCCUGUAACUCUGUCAUCCAGAAACCAGGCUGUAAGCUGUCUGAGUUUGAGCGGGUGACGGCACUGAAGGUCUAUAACUGGUUUGCCAACCGACGGAAGGAGAUGAAGAGAAGAGCAAACAUAGCUGCCAUCUUGGAAAGCCACGGGAUUGAGGUGCCAAGUCCGAGCUGCCACUCAAACGGCGAAGAGGGAGAGCUGCAGGAGUUCGUGGAUCAGGUGCCUCAUCGGUUCUCUGAGCAGGAGGAAACCACUUCCCAGAAGCUCGUCGACCAACAAGAUCGCCCCUCGCUAACCGGGGAGGCGGCGGCUCCCCCGCAGAGCCCCGGCUCUCGGGCCACAGAACAGAAGGAGGAGGAUUCAAAGAGGGAGUCUGUGGAUGAGGAGUGACUGAACCCAGCCGCACUUUUCAAAUCAGCAUAUCUGGAUUUUAUUCAGCGUGAAACAAGAACAGUAAAUCCCUCCGGCUCGGCCCGUGUGGGACCUAUUGGGGCCGGAGGAAAGCAGGGCUUUGAAGCUCUGAGGUGCCUCCUAUGGUGAGGAGGCCGACGCAUUUAUCAACAGUAAAUAAUCCCGCUUAUAAUAAUGGCAAUAUAAAGUUUAUCUAUAGGUAUAUAAGGUCUAAGGUAUAUAAAAACAGUAUAUAGCACAUCCCGAGGUGGUAUCCAAAAGCCUACACCUUGUAAAGGGCAGCGUUACGUUCGGGACACCCUCACCAUUUCAACAUCAGUGUUUCCUUUUUUACUUUGCUUCAUGUUUAGUGGCUGCUGGGUGGGAGAUUAUGAGCCUGCAGGUCAGGUUUGAUUGGCUGUUCAGAGGAAAGUGUAGCUUCUUCUUACUGAGGUGUCUUUGACCCCACCUGCUUUCCUGAGUUGAAUCAAUCAGCAUGUGCUGUUGACACUAAAUCUGUAAAAAACCCAGAGGGAUAAUUGGAAUCUCAGGUAAACCAAAAAGUGACAAACUGCACCACAUAUGUUUUUUUUUAUUUUUUUUAUUUUUAGUCUCUCUGUGUUUUAAAAACACUGUUUGAGCUACUUUCUGUUGUUUUUAUUGUGUAUGAGACUAGAGAUGCUCUGAGAAAUCAUCUGCUGACCAAAAGCUGACAAUUUACAGCUUGAUUGAACAGGAAGUGCAAAACGCUGUCGCUUCCUGUUAGCAAUAGAAAAUAGGACGAAGAACCACACUCUAGUUACUGUUGGAGACGCACUAAUUGGUUUUAAUUAUCAGUCAGGAAGCUAAAAAAAAGAAGACACAGAAAUAUACAAAGCUUUAAAAUUGACCUCUCUGUAGUUCAUAAAAGC